CCACUCAACGCAAUCGCGUUUGGUAUUUAGCUUGUACCGCCGCGCUUGCCGUAGUUGUUUGGAACAUGUGGACGAUCAAGUGUGCAGCGCUCUGACUGAGGCCAGAAAUAACAGAAAUAAAGUACAUUAACAAGCCGGGUGUUACAUACGUAACGGUUGGGCUGGGGCGAUGAUGGCCGAUCAUCAGGCUCCGUCCGUGGCGAGGGACGCGGUGUUGAAGGAGAGCAUCUCUCUGCCGGAGGACAUGCCUCAGAUUAGAGGCUAUGACUUUAACCAGGGCGUGGACCACAGAGCCCUGCUGCAGUCCUUCCUCACCACGGGCUUCCAGGCCAGCAGCUUCGGCCUGGCUGUGCAGGAGAUCAACAAGAUGAUAGAGAAGAGACUGGAGCCGGUGCAGGAGGAGCAUGAGGACUGCGAUUCACAUACAUCGGCUUCAGGAUGCACCAUUUUCUUGGGCUACACAUCCAACCUGAUCAGCUCCGGUGUGCGAGAGAGUAUUCGCUACCUCGCACAGCACAGAAUGGUAGAUGUGAUAGUGACCACAGCAGGAGGGAUUGAGGAAGACUUUAUCAAAUGUUUAGCACCCACUUACCUCGGUGAGUUCAGUCUAAAAGGCAAAGAGCUACGACAGCAAGGCAUUAAUAGAAUAGGUAAUCUCUUGGUACCAAAUGAUAAUUACUGUAAGUUUGAAGACUGGCUGAUGCCUAUUCUGGACCAAAUGGUGCUAGAACAAAAAACAGAGGGCACACACUGGACACCCUCCAAAAUGAUCCACAGACUAGGCAAAGAAAUCAACAACCCAGACUCUGUGUACUACUGGGCUUAUAAGAAUGACAUCCCAGUGUUUAGUCCCGCCCUCACUGACGGCUCAUUGGGUGAUAUGAUCUAUUUCCACUCGUAUAAGAACCCUGGCCUGGUGCUUGACAUUGUGGAGGAUAUUCGACGUUUGAACAGCAAAGCGGUGUUUGCCAAGACCACAGGGAUGAUCGUUCUCGGAGGAGGCCUCGUCAAACAUCACAUCGCCAACGCUAAUCUCAUGAGGAAUGGAGCAGAUUUUGCGGUGUUUGUCAACACCGGCCAGGAGUUUGACGGCUCGGAUUCCGGCGCUCGGCCAGAUGAAGCCAUUUCAUGGGGAAAGAUCCGCAUGGACGCCACACCUGUAAAGGUCUACGCUGAUGCUUCUAUAGUCUUUCCGCUUUUAGUGGCUGAAACUUUCGCACACAAUGCCAGCAGGUUGAUCAAGGAAAAGAAGAGCGAUUGAUGCUUUUCUCUUGUGAAAGCUAUUUAAACGUUUUACCUCGCCUCACUGUUUUCCCGUUUGCUUGUUUUUCAGUGCAGAUGGUUUGAAUGCUCAAUUUCAAUUCAUGAAAUCCUACAUAAUUAUCCAUUUAAACAUUAGUUUCUAAUGGUCUUUGUGUGCUUUUGUCUGGCAAAAUAUGUUCAAAAACAACUUUACUAGAUUGAAGUUGCAUUCAAUUAUUUAUGUUUACCAGAUUUUUAUGUUUAUUUUUUUAGUUUACUAGGUUUUAUGUUUAAUUCUGUACCUUUAUGAGAUGGUACAAUGUGUAUUUUAUUGCAUUGCAUCCUUCAGUGUUAAUGCACAACAUCUUGUGUGCUGUUUGUGUAUUUUAUUUUAUCUGGAUGUUUGUAACCUACAUUAUUUUAUUAUUAUACCUAAAUUGCAUGAACAAUAAAUGAGUCAUCAACACCUACUGAAAUAUUGAAUAAUGUAAUAGAAUGUAUAAAAAAAGGUUUUAUUUCUUUUUAUUUAUUAACACAUUAUACACACUUGGGAUGAGUAAGAUUUUUGAUGUCUUUAAAGGCAUGUCUUAUGCUUAUCAAGGCUGCAUUUAUUUGAACAAAACUAUAGAAAAAAAGUUAUAUUUUGAAAUAUUAUUGCAAUUUAAAACAAUGGUUUUCUAUUUUAACAUACUUUAUAAUCUAAUUUAUUCCUGUGAUGCAAAGCUGAAUUUUCAGCAUCAUUACAUCCUUCAGGAAUCAUUCUAAUAUGCUGAUUUAUCAAUAUUGGAAACAGUUAUGCUGCUUAAUUUUUUUUUUUUUUUUUUGGAACCUGUGAUACUUUUUCAGGAUUCCUUGAUGAAUAUAUAGUGAAAAAUAAAUAAAUAAUUUAAA